AGGUGCCCAGAUGAAGCCACUUCCGCCCUAUCCCAAGAUGGCGCCGACGGAAGGGGCAGGGUACGAGCCGCUAAGGAUGGCUGCGUCAAGGCUGGAACUGAAUCUGGUGAGGCUGCUGUGCCGCUGCGAAGCAAUGGCAGCUGAGAAGCGGGACCCAGAAGAGUGGCGGCUGGAGAAGUACGUUGGGGCCCUGGAGGACAUGCUGCAGGCGCUGAAGGCACAGGCGAGCCGGCCGGCCGCUGAGGUGCUGCACGAGUACGCGCGCAAGGUGGACUUCCUGCGGGGCCUGCUGCAGGCCGAGAAGCUGGCCUCCUCCUCUGAGAAGGCGCUGGCCAACCAGUUCCUGGCGCCCGGCCGCGUGCCCACCUCGGCCCGCGAGCGCGUGCCUGCUACCAAGACCCUGCACCUGCAGACCCGCGCGCGCUACGCCGGCGAGAUGCGGCAGGAACUGCUGGGCACGGACUCUGCGGGAGAGCGCCAGCCUGAGGCGAGGAAGCGGAGUGGGUUGGCUGGACCCAGGCCCACAGAUAAGAAGCAGUCAGCAGCCGAGCUAGACCUCGUCUUGCGGCGACAGCAGGACCUGCAGGAGAAGCUGGCAGAGGAGAUGCUGGGCCUUGCCCGGAGCCUCAAGACCAAUACACUGGCCGCUCAGAGUGUCAUCAAGAAGGACAACCAGACCCUGUCCCACUCGCUCAAGAUGGCUGACCAGAACCUGGAGAAGCUGAAGACGGAGUCGGAGCGGCUGGAGCAGCACACGCAGAAGUCAGUCAACUGGCUGCUGUGGGCCAUGCUCAUCGUGGUCUGCUUUCUCUUCAUCAGCAUGAUCCUCUUCAUCCGCAUCGUGCCCAAGCUCAAGUAGCGGGCGAUGGCAGGCACUCUGCUUCGCCCAGGCACCAGGCUGCAGAGCCAAGCCGCUGGAGGCCCAGGAGGAGCCCGGUGCGCACACACUGUGGUCCCAGCUACUUGGAGGCUGAGUCAGGAGGAUCAAGACCAGCCCGGGGAAACACAGCGAGACUCCAGGGCAGAAGCACAGAAUCAAAAUGCAAAAUAAAACGUGUAUUGUGGCUGUGAAAUACGUCGGAGGGCUCCGCUGAUAAUAGUGACAGUGAAGGCUGGCUCCACUGAGCAGGGAGGAGGCCCUAAACCCAACAAGAGGAAAGCAAAGACCUGCAGGAUCCAUACCGGAGAAGGGUGCAAUGGUUUCUGAGCUUCUUCACUGACGGGACCAGGUGAAAACAUCCUCGUCGACUCAGUGCCCCGGAGGCUGAGGCAGGAGGAUCGAAAGUUCCAGCCCAGCCAGACCCUGUGAGGGGAUGCAGCUCAGGGUGAAGCCCUGGGUUCAGUCCCCAGUACUGCAGAAAGCAACACUGUUACAAUGCACUGGAUGCACUGACAAGUGCCUCGGGACGCUGGUUAGGGCAGGAGCAGGAGGAAGUUGCUGAGGAGGGGUGGCAGUGCCCUGGCCUCGGUGCCUGGCUCAUCAGUCUCCUGCACUCACCGCAGCCAGCCUCCUACAUGGGCUGGGGAUGCUGCUUCCCCGACAAGGCCUACGGAGCCCCUUACUGCGGUCCUAUGCAUUUCUACUGCUUUUGUAACAUGUUCCUACUGAUUGUUAAGAGAUUUGUGUGUGUUACUGGGGCUUGAACACAGGGCCUUUGCACUGAGCUGCAUCCCCAGCCCUUUUUAUUUUUUUAUUUUGAGACGGUCUGGCUAAGUGGCUGAGUUGCCCAGGCUGGGCUCCAGGUUUUGAUCCUCCUGCCUCAGCCUCCCAGAAUGAUUAGAUUACAGGUGUGCACCACCAGGCUGGGC